CUCAUAGGAGCAAGUCUUAAAACAUGGACAAAAGUGAGUGUAACCUUUCCACCCCUUCACGAAGCAGCUUUAAAUGGACAUAUCCCAUGCUUGGAAAUACUGAUUGAAAACGGUGCAAAUCUGGAGAAAAAUGAAAACCAGUUUGGCACUGCUCUGCAUGUUGCCUGUCUGCAGGGUCAUGUUGGAUGUGUGAAAGUUUUGCUUCAGGUUGGGGCAAACCCUAAUUCCAUCAGAAGGCAUCGAGUCCCCUUGCAUGCCACUGCAAUGAACGGAGACGAGGUCUGUACAGCUCUAAUUCUUGAGUUCAGAGCUAAUGCUUAUCUAAGAGACCUAGAGAGCAAGAAACCUGUUAACUUAACAACUAAUGAGGCAUGCAAAGAGAUGCUUUUUGAAGCUGGUAAGGAUUUAAAACUAAUUUUAACCCUUUAUUCCCAUGAGUAACCAGGACAGAAGUUCUUCUUACAAUAUUUAUACAAUAUCAAAGAGGAAAAUUGAUGAUAAUGAAGAAAAAUAUCAAUAAGAAGGUAAUUAGUCUACCCAAUACCAGAUUCUCCAAACUAGUAGCAUAAGAAUUGUAUGGCAGACAGUGAGGAGAAUUUCUAAUGAGAUCUUGCUUGUGAAAGGGUUUAAUAGUUGAUACUUGUAUUUAUAAACUAAGUGAACUGUAAUUAAAAGAAUCAAUGCAGAUUAAAGGAAAUGUUCCUUUAGAUUAAGAAAUAAAUUAAAAAGAGCUGUGUUGAAUCACACAAAAACACACAAUUUUGUGAUACAACAGGACCAAAUGAAUGGGCGCAUCCUACUGUGAUAUUUUUCCAUAUGUUUAUGAACUCUAUUUUAAUUUUGUUCCCAAAAAAUCCCUCCCAACUUCUUCAAAGCUGCCGUUGUCUCAUCAGGCAACAGCUGUCAUGCCCACCUAAAGACAAGAUCCCUGUCCUACCCCUCCCUAGAAGCCUCAAGGAUUACCUGAAUCACUAUAACUAUUGCAUGGACCAC